CUUGUCUUAAUCAAGAGCAGACGUUAUAGACACACGUGAGGAAGAAGGAGGAGGAAGAGGAGGAGGGACGUAAUGCGUCGUAAGUUCGUUUAAUCAUCAUCUAUUGAAAUUAACAAACGGGACUGAGCAGAGGAGGCAGCAGCUGACACACAGGGGGUCGACAGGACACAGACAUGGAGGAAAGCAAAGAGAUGGAAUUGGGCUCCAAAGACAAACACGAACAAAAUGGAAAUUUAAGAUUGAGUGAGAAGGAUGACAAAAAGAAAGACAAAAAGAAGAAAGAAAAAGUGAAAAAGGAGCCCAUGGUUGGCCCCCUCGCUGUGUUCAGGUUUGCAGAUGGGUUGGACAUUUUCAUGAUUAUCACUGGGACAGUGAUGGCCAUGGCCAAUGGUGUAGUGCUUCCCCUCAUGUGUAUCGUUUUUGGAGACAUGACGGACAGCCUCAUAAACGAUGCUGCAUCCGGUAACAACAUGAGCUUCUCAAAUGCCUCUUUUAUUAACAUGACCACCCAUUUGGAAGAGGAAAUGACUGUCUAUGCCAUUUACUACUCCAUCAUGGGAGCUGUGGUGCUGGUUGUAGCCUACCUGCAGGUGUCCCUCUGGACACUGGCAGCCGGGCGGCAAGUGAAACGCAUCCGUACCUUGUUUUUCCACAAAAUCAUGCAGCAGGACAUCGGCUGGUUUGAUGUCAAUGACACAGGAGAGCUCAACACACGGCUCACAGAUGACGUCUAUAAGAUUCAAGAAGGCAUUGGUGACAAGGUGGGGAUGUUGUGCCAGAGUUUCAGCACCUUCGUUGCAGCUUUUGCUAUCGGCUUCUCCAAAGGCUGGAAGCUCACUCUUGUCAUACUGUCUGUGAGCCCUUUGCUGGGCGUCUCAGCAGCACUUUUCAGUAAGGUGCUGACAAGCUUCACUAGCAAAGAGCAGAGUGCAUAUGCUAAAGCUGGUGCUGUGGCGGAGGAGGUGCUCUCUGCCAUCAGAACUGUGUAUGCUUUCAGUGGUCAAGAGAAAGAGAUCCAAAGAUAUCACAGGAACUUGGAGGAUGCUAAAAGGAUGGGUAUAAAGAAGGCUCUCUCCACUAACAUCGCCAUGGGCUUCACCUUCAUGAUGAUCUACCUGUCGUAUGCUCUGGCUUUUUGGUACGGCAGUACUCUCAUUCUGAGUGGGGAGUACACUAUCGGCUCUGUGCUCACUGUGUUCUUUGUCGUGAUUAUUGGAGUGUUUGCCAUGGGACAGACUUCUCCCAACAUCCAGACCUUUGCCAGUGCUCGUGGAGCUGCACAUAAAGUGUACAGCAUCAUUGAUCAUAACCCAACCAUCGACAGCUAUUCAGAGGCUGGAUUCAAACCUGACUUCAUCAGAGGAAACAUAGAGUUCAAAAACAUCCACUUCAACUACCCCUCGCGGGCUGAUGUUAAAAUAUUAGAUAACAUGUGUCUGAGUGUGACAAGCGGACAGACCACGGCGUUAGUGGGCAGCAGCGGGUGUGGUAAAAGCACAACGAUCCAGCUGCUGCAGAGGUUCUACGAUCCACAGGAAGGAUCUAUCACUAUCGAUGGUCAUGACAUCCGCAGUCUAAACAUCCGCUACCUGAGAGAGAUGAUCGGAGUGGUGAGCCAGGAACCCAUCCUCUUUGCCACUAGCAUCGCCGAGAACAUCAGAUAUGGCAGACCCGACGUGACUCAACAUGAGAUUGAGCAAGCUGCCAAGGAAGCCAAUGCUUAUGACUUUAUCAUGAAUUUUCCUGAUAAGUUUGAGACACUGGUCGGUGACCGAGGAACUCAGAUGAGCGGAGGACAGAAACAGAGGAUUGCCAUUGCUCGCGCUUUAGUCCGCAACCCCAAAAUCCUUCUGUUGGAUGAAGCCACGUCCGCUCUAGAUGCUGAGAGCGAGACCAUCGUGCAGGCUGCUCUUGAUAAGGUCCAACAAGGUCGUACAACAAUAAUUGUGGCUCACCGCCUCUCAACGAUCAGAAACGCGGAUGUCAUUGCUGGCUUCCAGAAAGGUGAGGUUGCCGAGCUGGGGACUCACAAUGAGCUGAUGGAGAAGCAGGGAGUCUACCACACUUUGGUCACCAUGCAGACCUUUCAGAAAACAGACGAGGGAGAGGAGGGCAAUGACCUGUCUGCAGAUGAGAAGAGCCCAUUAGUCAAGGCCUUCUCUGAUUCUUCAUUGUACAGAAGGAAAUCCAAAAGAGGGGCCUCCUUUGCUGCCUCAGAGGGAGAGAAAGAGAAAGAAAAGCUACAGAAUGACAUGGACAAAACAGAGGAGGAUGAAGCUGUUGCCCCAGUGUCCAUUCUUAAAGUGAUGCGUCUCAACAUUUCAGAGUGGCCUUACGUUCUAGUGGGGACCAUUUGUGCUAUCAUGAAUGGAGCAGUACAGCCUCUGUUUGCUAUCCUUUUCUCCAAGAUAAUCACUGUUUUUGCUGAACCAGAUCCGGAGGUUAUUAGGAAAAGAUCCAAUUUCUUUUCCCUCAUGUUUGUUGCAAUCGGAGGUGUGUGCUUUGUCUCCAUGUUUCUACAGGGUUUCUGUUUUGGUAAAUCUGGAGAAGUUCUCACCUUAAAACUGAGACUUGGAGCCUUUAAGUCCAUGAUGAGACAGGAUCUUGGCUGGUAUGAUCAACCCAAAAACAGUGUUGGAGCGCUCACUACAAGGUUGGCCACAGAUGCAGCCCAAGUACAAGGGGCCACAGGAAUACGUUUGGCAAUACUUGCCCAGAACUUUGCCAACCUGGGUACUGGUAUAAUACUGGCCUUCGUGUACGGCUGGGAACUGACCCUACUCGUCUUAGCUGUGGUGCCUGUCAUAGCGCUGGCGGGAGCUGUGGAGAUGAAGAUGCUGACUGGACAUGCUGCCGAAGACAAAAAGGAGCUGGAGAAGGCUGGAAAGAUUGCUACAGAGGCCAUAGAGAAUAUCCGCACUGUUGUCUCCCUGACAAGAGAACCCAAAUUCGAAUCUUUAUAUCAGGAAAACCUCAAAGUGCCAUACAAGAACUCGCAAAAAAAGGCCCACGUGUAUGGCUUUACCUUCUCCUUCUCCCAGUCCAUGAUCUAUUUUGCCUAUGCGGGCUGUUUCCGCUUUGGAGCUUGGCUCAUUAUAGAAGGAAGGAUGGAUGUUGAGGCUGUUUUCCUUGUGAUUUCAGCUGUUCUUUUUGGUGCCAUGGCUCUCGGAGAGGCCAACUCCUUCGCUCCAAACUACGCUAAGGCCAAAUUGUCAGCAGCCCAUCUUGUGAUGUUGCUGAACAAAAAGCCUGUUAUUGACAAUAUGUCACAGGAAGGAGAGUCGCCGGACCAAUUUGAUGGUAAUGUGAGCUUUGAGGAUGUUAAGUUUAACUACCCUUCACGCCCCGAUAUACCCAUCCUGCAAGGGCUGAAUCUGAAGGUGAAAAAAGGAGAAACCUUGGCCUUGGUGGGGAGCAGUGGCUGUGGAAAGAGUACCACUAUCCAGUUAUUGGAGAGGUUCUAUGACCCCAAAGAUGGGAGAGUGCUGAUGGACAACAUGAAUGUCAAACAGCUGAACAUUCACUGGCUGAGAUCUCAGAUAGGCAUCGUGUCCCAGGAGCCUGUGCUGUUUGACUGCACGCUGGCUGAAAACAUCGCUUACGGAGACAAUAGCCGCACCGUGACCAUGGAGGAGAUAAAGGCAGCUGCUAAAGCGGCAAACAUUCACAACUUCAUAGAUGAACUUCCACAGAAAUACAACACUCAGGCAGGCGAUAAGGGGACCCAGCUGUCAGGCGGUCAGAAGCAGCGAAUAGCCAUAGCCCGUGCCAUCCUCCGCAACCCCAAAAUGCUGCUGCUGGAUGAGGCCACCUCUGCUCUGGACACUGAGAGCGAGAAGGUGGUGCAGGAUGCCCUGGACCAGGCCAGCAAGGGCAGGACAUGUAUCAUUGUAGCCCACCGUCUGUCCACCAUCCGAAACGCUGACCGCAUCGCUGUCUUCCAGGGAGGUGUGGUUGUCGAAAAGGGGACACAUCAACAACUGCUGGCAAAGAAGGGAAUCUACCAUAUGCUGGUCACCACACAGCUUGGCUACACAGCAGAAUGAGAGGACACAGAGAUCAGCUCCUCUCCUGCUUUUCAUCUUUAAGGAAGGCUGCAUUAAUCACUUGUGCCUUGCAUGAUCAGCUUUACUGCUUCAUAUUCAUGCACAUUUAUACUGAGCAGCUUCAGUGGAGCAGAUAGGGACUGAAUGAACUGACUUUAUUUUGGGAGUUGCUUCCAUUAUUAAGUCUAACUGCUGUUGUGUUGAGUAGUUGUCACUGUUAUAGAUUGUUUUCACACAAUAUUCUGGUUUGUGGCUCACUGAUAAAAUUUAAGAAGAAAAAGUCUUUUCUUUUUCUAUAAAAAGAUAAAAUGCUUGCAGAAUCAGGAGCCAACUAUCAUAGAUUUUUUUCCUGUGCUUCUGCAUGUUUAAGCUUAUUCAAUCACAAUUUGUACUUUGUAAACCGUUCUUUCCAUUGCAAACAUUUGGACCUGUCAUUGCAGAAAAGGCACAGGUGUGAUUAAUGUUUGCUGCAUUUCACAUUUAUUAGGCUUCCAUAGCUAAUUGUUACACAUAAUAUAACUGGUGUUAAUGAUAUGCAUGUGUGUGACAAGUCAAAGCCCUCUUUUCAUUUUGCACAUUGGCCUUAAAUCUGCCAGCAAGGAGACAAACUAAAGGAAUGAAGGGAAGCAACAAGAAUUUUACAAAAUGAGAUUCUUGUUGAAACAAGAUUUGGUGCAGCUGCAUCACGUCCUGUGUUUUAUCUCAGCCCACAGAUGUUUAUCAUUGCCAUGUGAUGAGCAUUGACACUGACCACGUAUUAGCUUUAAAACUGGUCCCUCCUCUAGAGGCCUUUUAUGAAUUGUUUGUCAUCACUUUCCAGGCCAGUAGAGAAAGGAUGGAGAAGUUAGAAGAUGCAACACACAGAAAAGAGAAGCACCUACACUGAUGCUUUUCUGUCCAAUUAGGUAGACUGGUGCCAUUUAGACAUCUAACUUUGUUUUAAUGUGUUGGGUUUUUCCUUUUUGAAAACUACAUAUUAGGUAAGAGCCUCCAGAUUCGACUUGUCUUGUCAGAUGCACUGUGAAGGACUUAGUGGAGUCUAGCAAUAAGGUUGCAGAUUGCCACCGUUUGAAAACUGCUUACCUCACCUUCCCCUUUCAAGUAAUGUGGAAAAAUUAUAACCUCACAUUUGGAAAUGCUUGUGUUUGUAGAAGAAAAAGGUGACUGAACAUUACAGACAGAAAUGUAAUGUAAAUGGCUCAUUUUAAAACAAACAGCUAUUUUUAUUUCUGAGGAGACUGUCAGCUAAUGAAAGCAUAAUAAAUAUAAGAGCUAAAGAGAGAAAUAAAGAGAACCUCUAAAUCCUACAAAGGCAGAGGUCAUGUAGUCCGUCUGCCAACAACAUAACCCAAAAAUUAAUGAACGGAUUUUGAUUGACUUUUCAGGAAGUCUCAGAAAUGGAAUAAGGAACAAGUGAUUAGAUUUUGGGGGUGAUCUGGAUCACCGCCUGGAUCCAGUUAGGAAGUUCGGAAAUUACAGUGGCUUGGCAGAGGUCUGCACUUUCUAAAUGAUUCUAGUUUAAGAAAUUGUUGUACUUGAUUGAUUCUUGGAUGAUUUCUAUUUUAUUUUAUGGCUUGAAUAUGUCAGGACGUGGUUGGUCCUUUCUAGGGCAGAGUUGCUUGAUGCAAACUAAAUUCUCUCACAAUCUUUAGGAAGUGUAGACAAUAAUUAUGCUUUAAUUAACCAUCAGGAUUUCUUUUAAUACUGAGGCCAUCCUCACACCAGUCUGUUAAAUGUGUUUGUGUAAAGCAUUAGAUACUGCUAACAGUUUGAGUAAAUAUGGGGCAGAAGUGCCUGAAAACUUUACCUAGAAAGAAAUACUGUACAAAGCUUUACACAGAUGUGAGUUAUGUUUCAUGUACUUGAGCUACGUUCACAUUAAGUUUCUAUAUUGCUAAUACUUUUGGAGAAUGAAAAUAUAACUAUUAAAGUUUUAUAUUCAAACAGUGAACCGUUGCUGCUUUUUUGUUUAAGAAAAAACAAAUAAAACUCUGAAUAUCUCAUGUUUAUUUGCCAGAGCAAUCAUUGUAUUUCAAUACAUCUCAAGAAUGACACGCAAUUAGUGUUUUUCCCCAACCUGUGCAAUCGAAUGUGAAAAUAGUCCAAGUUUUUUUCCAUUUAUCUAAGCUUAGUAGACUCAGUCAUUAUGGUAAAGCUUCACAUGUUAAA